AUGGCCCUGUACAAGGCAUCGCUACGUCUAAGCCAUCUUCCAGACAGCUGGAGAACGGCGAGGAUAGUCCCUCUACGAAAACCUGGAAAACCCGACUACACAGUGCCAAAGGCUUUCCGGCCUAUCUCACUACUAGCUACGAUUAGCAAAGGCCUCGAGGCGGUGGUCGCGAACAGACUCGCCUACCUGGCAGAGAGACACAACCUUCUUCCAGAUAACCAUUUCGGAGCUAGGAAGAAGAGAUCGUGCGAGCAAGCGAUCAACGUUCUCGUAGAACGCGUAUACGAGGCCUGGAGAAACAGGAAGGUCGUGUCUCUAGUGACCUUCGACGUCCAAGGGCGUUUAACGGGGUUAACCCUAGAGUGCUUGGAAGCAAGGCUCGAACGGAGAGGAAUACCCGAUACCCUGAGCAGCUGGGUUGGAGACUUCUGCAAAGAAAGGACGGCCACGGUCGCCCUCGAAGCGUUCGAAAGUGAAAGACAGCCGAUCGCUCAAGCUGGCAUUCCGCAGGGGUCACCGCUAUCCCCUAUACUUUACAUCUUCUACAACGCCAAUCUCAUUGGGCAACCUAUCGAUAAGACAAAGGGAGCCCUAGGGUUCGUUGAUGACUACUCUCCGUGGGUCGUGGGAGACAACGUAGACGAAAAUAUCCAGACCCUCCAAACGACAGUCAUUACAAAGACCGAGAGGUGGGCGAGAGAAAGUGGAGCGACGUUCGAACCGUCAAAGACAGGCCUUAUCCACUUCACCCGAAGGGUAGAAGAGGGCCAGCAAAACGGACCGGACCUGCAGUUCCAAGGCCAAGACAUCGAACCAAGUGAGCACAUCAAGCUGUUAGGGGUCACCUUAGACUGCAAGAUGAAAUUCCAUCAACAUGUAGCAAGGAUGACGGCCAAAGCUAUGAAGCAGUGCCUUGCUAUCAAACGACUACGAGGAGUUAGGCCUAAACAAGUCAGACAGCUGUACAAUGCGACGGUUACCCCGAUCAUGGACUACUGCGCUUCUGCAUGGUACGGACCUGGAAAGUGGGGAACAACCUCGCUGCUCCGCAAUAUGGAAAAGGUGCAGCGCAUUGGAGCCCAGGCGAUAAUACUCUCGUUUAAGGCUACAGCCCUUACAGUGGCUCAAGCCGAAGCGGGCAUCGAAACCACAGUCGACCGGCUACAAAGGAAGGUUACUAACCAUUUGGUUAGGAGCCUUACAGUACCAAACACAAAUCCUUUAUUCGACUGCCUAACUAGGCUAUUCACCCAAGGCAAGAGCUUCCCGUCUCCGCUAGCUAUCACCGCGCGGAAGUUUGGCCCGGAUCUAGGCCUGACGGCCGAAAGCCUAAUGGAGACCGUAGAGCCAGUGCUUCAAGAACCGUGGACAGAGGGCGUCCCGGGAUGCCUAGUUAAGGGACUAGAAGACGAGGCGGAUAUAGUUAUUCGACGACUAUAA